CUUUAACGCACCCACCACCACCACCACCUGGACUCAUGUUUCAUCUCAACCUUUAAAUUGCUCAUAAGUCAGGGAUCCAACCAAAUAAGCCCAGCAUCUCCCCGGGGACAAUCCUUCGAAAGAUGUCGGGCCAUCAUCAUCAUCACCACGAACACGGCGGACAUUGCCAUGGAGAAGAUGGCCAUGAUCAUUCCAACGACAUCACUCCCGCCAUCCAGUCUCUUCUCUACUCCCAAAUCCAAUUUGAUUCGAUCACUACAUUGAACGAGGCAACCCCUAAGUCGGGCGCAGCGAUUGUGCAAAAGACAUGGUCCGAAAGACUGAACGAUGAACCGGAGCUAGAGAGCGACGCCGACGAACAGCUGUUGAUGCAUAUCCCGUUCACCGGUCAAGUCAAUGUUCACUCUCUCCUCAUCUACACCGCCCCUACAUCGUCCGCCCCCAAGACGCUGAAGCUGUUCAAGAACCGGGACGACCUGGACUUUGCAACGGCCUCGGAACUCAAGCCUACGCAAAAGGUUGAUAUUCCGCAGCCGGUACCUGGAGCGGAUGUCUUCGAGUUGCCGCUAAAUCGUGCGCACUGGAACGCUACCACUUCCGUCACUUUGUUCUUCGAGGACAACUGGAGCGACGGCGAAGAAGACAUAACCAAGGUUGGCUACAUUGGCUUCAAGGGACAGUUCAUGGCUUUGAAUAGGGAGCCCAUCAGUUUCCUCUAUGAGGCAGCCGCCAAUCCAAAUGAUCAUGUCGCGAUCCAGGGGGUGAAUGGUGUAGGCAGCAGAAUACUGUGAGAGCAAGAGUCUUAUGGGAUCGUUGUGUGGUUGGCGAUACUCGAUCGUAGGCACUCGCAUGCUGGUCCAACCACUCUAAGAAGACCAGAUCCCAAAGACGGCGGGGGAUUAGCAGCAGCGGCAACCCCUCGCUUGGUUAUGGGGCUGGACUCUACUGAGAUAACGCGCGCCAAUCCAUGUUCAGCUGUCUAGUUACUUGCGUUCGAAUAGCAGAAAAUCUAACAAUGCUAUACUUUGGAAU